ACCCUUUAAAAAGCAGGUACUGCCUCAAACCGCCUCCUGCGCGCUGCUGUUCGGCAUCAGCCCCGGCAAGGGACCCCGCACUCAGGCCAGGAUGUGUUUUAGACUGAGCUAUGUAUUGGCUCACAUACUGGAAGAGAUUGCUUGCUGUUUCAGUGACAAAUGCAGAUCAGAAGAGUACAUGUUGUAACUUUCUGGAGUUUGGAAAACUGCCUCUGUGUUAGCUUCCCACUUGGCAAAAUUUUCAUAUGGUUUGUGGGGUGAUAGCAUACGUGUGAAGAGCAAGAGAGAAUGGUCAGAGAGGGAGAGCAGUUACAUACCUUGAAAUCAUUCUGGAAUAUUGCUGGAAAUGCAAUAACUUCCUGCCUCCAGCUACUUCAGACACAGGGGUGUUUGUGAUUACAAAUCUCAAGUCAGCAUCUUACAACAGCUUUCGGAACAAGAAAGAACAAUUGUUUCACUUUUCUGGGCAAGUGAAAAUUAGCUCAAGAAAAUGUCUCUAGCACUUCUUUUAAUGGUUAUCAUUGAGUCUGCCGCUGAGAAGCUGUGUCCCCUUCGUGCCUCCAUUGAUGUGCUAGAAGGGGAAUAUUUUUUCCUUUGUUAUUUUGAGUCAAUGCAAGGAUGUUUUCAGAAAGAAGCAUACACAAUCAACUGGUACAAAGAAAAUGCUGGAAAGCAGCAACUGAUAAAGGAAACACAUAGAAUUGUUUCUCAAAUGAAUUUGCUGGAGUUUUGGCCAGCUGAACUCAGUGACUCUGGGAAUUACUCUGUCACUCACAGCAAGGGAAAACAAAUUUUCACAGUUCAGAAUUGGACACUUAAUGUACUUGAAAGAAAUAAAAGCAGCUGUUUCAACAAAAAUCAUUUAACUACAGAAAUUAAAAAUGCUGGAGUUGGCCACUCGCUGAAAUGCAGUGAUUUGUCCGUCAAUGAAAAUGACAGCAUAGUAUGGUACAAGGACUGUAAGAACUACGAAAAUGAAACAGAGCGGGAACUGGAUUUUAAAACCUUAAGAGUGGAGCACUCAGGGAUAUAUACCUGUAAAAUUUUAAUUCAUCGUGAAGGGAAGAUAUACUACAGCACAAAUACAAUUAAGCUGGUAGUAAAAGAAGAUGCACCAGAGGCUAUGACUUUGGAGAUGGUUGGACGCAAUGAAGAAAUUGAAACAGAAACGGGUAAAGAAGAGAUACUGAACUGCACAGGUUUGUUGGCUAAUACUAUGCAAGAAGAUGCCAGCCUCUACUGGUUAAUCAAUCAGACAUUUCCAAAGAAAUGCACAGGUAUCCCUGAGAAGGAACCUUCAAUAUGUGAAGAAGAGUUAAAAACAUUACCGUUGGGAAACAAGGUCUAUGUCACAAGGUUACUACGGAUUAAAAACGUAAGAGAUGAGGACAUGCAUCAUAAUUUUACCUGCAUAUUUCAAAUGGAUGAAAAGCCACAAAUAAAGAUAGUGAAACUGAAGAAAGGGAAGACUCAGGAUCUGCCUGUGCACAUAUUUAUGACUGCAAUGGCACUUGCUGUUCUAUUUCCAUGCGUUGCUGUAGCUGCGGUGUUUUUCUGUGUGGUGUUUAGAAUCGACUUAGUUCUAUUUUACAGGAACAUAUGCAGAAGAGAUGACACUGCUGGAGAUGGCAAAGAAUACGAUGCAUUUGUGUCUUACCUGAAAGACUGUGUUUCUCCUACUGAAGAAGAGAGAGAAUUUGCUUUGACGAUAUUACCCAUGGUACUAGAGGAAAACUUUGGGUACAAGUUAUGCAUAUUUGAGAGGGAUAUAGCCCCUGGAGGAGCAGUUGUUGAUGAUAUCCAUUCAUUCAUUGACAAAAGCCGAAGAUUAAUCAUUAUAUUGAGCCAAAACUACGUUUCUGACAGAGCCAUAUAUGAACUUGAGAGCGGACUGCAUAAAGCUCUAGUUGAAAGAAAAACUAAGAUCAUACUUAUUGAAUACAUGCCUAUAAGUGACUACAGCCUCUUGCCAGAAUCACUGUCUCUUUUGCCGUCAAAGAGGGUUGUGAAGUGGAAAAAGGAUAGCUCUCUCCCUAUGAAUUCCAGAUUUUGGAAGAAGCUUCGGUACCUGAUGCCAGCCAAACCUACCAAGAUAAACACCAAAGAGCACCAUAAUAAUCUUGACGUAGGCUCAGAAGGGGAUAAACCACAGACUGAGGGCUGUGACUUUACUGCACCUGUGUAACAAUUCUGGAGAUAGAAGAUGCUAUGUAUAGAGGAUGAUGUGUGUUUUGCUAACUAAUAGAAAACACAGAAUGUACACUUCCUUUGGGAAGAAAGUGUUGUUGAGGCCAAGCCUGAGAUUUGAGAUGAAUGUAGAAAUUGUUCCAGUGACUAAGAUGAUGUUAAGCCCAAUGCUAGGUUAUAUUCCAGAAAGUUUCCUCAGCAGUCUGCAAAAGGAACAGAAAUUUCCUUCUGCUUAGGAGCAGCUGCAUGCGUGGAUGGCAAUGGAAAACAGUUUGAUUUCACAUUUUCCAGUAAUGUAGAAUGAUGUUUAGUUAGACUUGCAUAUGUUUUGAGGUUCCUCAAGAAAUGUUUCAGUGUUUGAAAAAAAAAAUUAGCUGCCCUUGGUUUUGUAUUUUGAUAUUUGAUAAGGAAUUUGUUUGAAAGUAGACCCAAAUGACUCAGGCUGUAGAGAGCUUGGCAUACAGAUUUAGGGCAGUGUGAAGCAGAAAAGUCAAGUAAAAUCAGAAAGGGGAGGUUAGAAAGAGUGGGACAGAUAUGAUUAACAGCACUUGUAUCAUGGAGGGCCUGUAGGCCCGAAAAUAGGCUCAUUUAUGCCUGUUCUGGCUGGACAUGUCUCUCUGUCUGCACCAGGGGCAAACAAGCACAAAGGGGCACAACAGAUCAGGGCCAUAAAGUCAGUUGCCCAGGACAACUAAUUGUGUAAGUCCCCACAUGCCCAGCUCAUGUCUCCCUGGUGUAAGCCCAUGUGAUCCCCAUAUUUGGGAUAGUCCAGGCAAGUGCCUUUUGCCUAGUAUGGUAAGGUUUGACUGACUGCCAACCUGGUUGGUCAUUCGAGUGGCCAAUGAGAGCAUUAACUCUUGGCCCAUAUUUAAUAAAUAGGGGUGCACAGGCUCACGUGCAGCCUUCCCCACAUUACUUGCGGCUCAGCCACACUGCUUGCUUGCCUGCCUGUGUAUUUCCUUGCACCUUUAUGCCUGCCUUUACCUAUGGAGCACAGUCUCCCAGCAGCCACGCACAUCCUGCAUGCCCGCUGCCUCUCACUGCCUGGUAAGUGUGCCACUGCCGCUACAAUAACCAGGAAGCAGACUCUAGAUUGUCUGCACACUAGCGGCCUGCUAGCCAUGUGAGAACCAUGCCAGAGACUGCAUGGAAUCCUGCCUCUGCACCUGAGAUCCUGCAUACGAGUUCCCUGGACAGAGCAUCCAGCAGGAUCCAGCCGCAUAAGGUCAGAGACUGCCAUUUCCUCUGAUGCCAGAGGAUUCCAGCCUUAAAGUCCUGAAGAAUUGGGCACUUGCAAUAGGCUGUGACGUAGCCCCUGAGGGUGAUUAUUGAUUAAUCUGAAUUGUGAGUAAAUACUUGAAUGCCUCUCUAAUUUCUAUUAUCUCUGCCAUAAAGCAGAAAGCAGCUUUCAGUUCACCUUUGCUGGGCAAAUAGUAUAAGACCCCAAGCGGCAUUAAGCCAUGGGGAAAACUCUCUCUGUUAAUACUUUCAAUGCAUGCUAGUUGUUACAAUAGUUAAUGAUUGAUAUAUAUAUUCCCAUAAUGUCUUCAUAACCAUGUAAAAACGAAUAUUAAUAUUAAAGUUCAGUGUUUAGGAGUGGCAAGAGUUCAGAAUAUUGGAAGUUAAUAAAUAGAUAUAUUUUUAUAAA